CUCUUAAGCUUCCUCCACCGGCCCUUUUUUCCUUCCCAACCCUAUCUGGAAGGGAAGGCUCAUGUUAAUACCAACUAGUGCAAUCAUUUUAUGGUACUGUUACUACGGAUUGCUGAUCCCCAGACAGAUGUUGCACCACCAGGGUCUCCUCAAGUGCCGUUGUCGCAUGUUGUUCAAUGACCUGAAGGUCUUCCUCCUGCGGAGACCCCCUGCUCCCUCUCUCCCAUCGCCACCACCUCUCCCUCUCAUGAACAGUGGAGACCCAGCCUUGAGCUUGCAGGCUUCUAACAACAACACGUUGACUGCGCUGCAUGGGGGGCGAAGGGGACCUUGGAGAGCGACGACUACCGUAGGCGAUGGUGGUGGAGGAGUGGGGACAACAAGCCCUCUGGAAGAAGAGUGGGGGAGUCCCGGGGGAGAGGAACCCAUGUCUAUGAUGAGCAACACCUCCUCCAAUGACUUCUGCAAAGCGAAAGUAGAGGAUAGGUAUUCCCUGGGGAGCAGUUUGGACAGUGGGAUGAGGACCCCUCUCUGCAGGAUCUGCUUUCAGGGUCCUGAGCAGGGUGAGUUGCUGAGUCCAUGUCGGUGUGAUGGGUCAGUGAAAUGUACACACCAACCCUGUCUGAUCAAAUGGAUUAGUGAGAGGGGAUGUUGGAGCUGUGAGCUGUGUUAUUACAAGUAUCACGUUAUUGCCAUAAGCACAAAGAACCCCCUGCAGUGGCAAGCCAUUUCUCUGACUGUCAUCGAGAAGGUUCAAAUAGCAGCAGCCAUCUUGGGUUCCCUCUUCCUUAUUGCCAGUAUCUCAUGGCUAAUCUGGUCAACCUUCAGUCCUUCUGCUAAAUGGCAGCGCCAAGACCUGCUCUUCCAGAUCUGCUAUGGAAUGUAUGGCUUCAUGGACAUUGUCUGCAUAGGUCUGAUCAUCCAUGAAGGGCCCUCAGUUUACCGGAUUUUUAAACGAUGGCAAGCAGUCAAUCAACAGUGGAAAGUGCUGAAUUAUGACAAAACAAAGGACCUGGAGGAUCAAAAAAUGGGGACCAGGACCAACCAACGAACUUCCUCUCAGAAUAACCAUUCAUCCUCCACUGAUAGUGCAGCUAGCAACUCUGCUGCAGCCGACAGCGCGGCCCGGGCAGCUAGUCACCCCACGGGCACCUUGUCUGACCACCACUGUGCUUAUACCAUCUUGCAUAUACUCAGCCAUCUGAGGCCUCAUGAACAGAGAAGUCACUCAAACUCAAACAGAGAGCUUGUGAUGAGAGUCACCACAGUCUGAGAUAAGGAAUUCAGGAGG